AUGGCCGACAACAUCUUGCACGAACUAAAUGCUAGGAGCCUCUUCGAUCUGCGCGGUGUGGUGGCCGUGGUGACCGGCGGCGGAACUGGAAUUGGAAUGAUGAUCAGCUCCACUUUGGUUGCAAACGGCGCGACAGUAUAUAUUAUUGGUCCGAAUCAAAAUGAUCUCGAUAAAGUAACAGAUAUUUACAAUGCAGCGUGCGACAACCACCCUGGAAGAGGAAAGAUGUAUGGCUUGCAAGGUGACAUCCGACUGAAGUCUGAGGCCACACGCCUUAGCCUCGAAAUUGGUAAACGAGAACCAUACGUGACUAUACUAUUCAACAAUGCAGGAGUAGGUGGCCAGGGGAGCUUCGUGCGACCCACCGAGCCCACCGCCUCCACCUUUGUCGCCAACCUAUUCGACGCUGUUGAUCCCGAGUCGUUCGAUAACACAUUACGCACAAACGCUGUUGGCCCUUAUUGGAUGAGCCUGGCCUUCCUCCCUCUCCUAGAAAAGUGGAAACAUGCGGAUAUCCCUGCUGCAAGAAAGUUCGUUCCUCAAAUUGUAAUGACUAGCAGUAUGAACGGUUGGUCAAAGGAUUCUGCCACCGCUGCUUUCUCGUUCCCGUACCUCUUUUCGAAGAGUGCGAUCGGUCACUUUACUUCAUCGCUGGCUCACGAGCUUUUGCCUCUUGGGGUACGCGUCAAUGGUAUUGCGCCAGGUCUUUUCCCAACUGAGAUGGUUAGUCGGGACAAGGCGGACGACCUGGGAAUAUCUCACAUCCCACCCGAUACGCCAUGGCCUCUUGAAACACCCGCCGGGUCUCUAGGUUCCAGAGUGGAUAUGGGGACGCUUGUUUUGUUCCUCGUAGCCAAUCAUUAUGUCAACGGAGAAACAGUGCUCAUUGACGGCGGCUCGUUGUUGAAACAUCCCUCUUCGUACUAA